AUGCCAGGCAAAAAUCUUCCGGAAAUUGCAAAUGAGCCUUGCCGGCGAUGCAAGGAGAAUUCUGCCGCUCUCGUAGUGCGUACGGAGCCUCUCUGCCGUGACUGUUUCGUCAAAUACGUUCACACAAAGGCCAUCAAGAGGUUGGAGUCGUUUCGGGUCCGGAAUGCGGCUCCAGAUCACCACCGGAAGAUAUUACUAGCGCUGUCUUCUGGUGUCUCGUCCGCCGCCCUACUCCACAUCCUGGAUCACCACCUCAAGACGCAGAAAACGAAGACCGGUCGAACGGGUUUCGCACUUAGUGUGGUCUUUGUUGGGGCCCCGGAUGUCAACUUCCAGGCUGAAGAACUCCUCGCUAAAGCGAGAGACCACUACCCUGACCAUGAGUAUGCGUCGUUGCCUCUGUAUGACAUAUUCUGUCUGGUCUCGGACGACGCUUCUCUUCUCGCCCUAAUACGCCCUCUGGGGGCUGCACCGGAUCUGCCUCCAGCGGAGAAGCUCGCCCAAUUGAUCAACUCACUUACUUCAGCCACAGCACGUGCCGAUGUCAUCUCCACAAUAAGGACGAGGCUGAUCGUAGAACACGCCAAGUCUAUCGGUUGUGAGGGCAUCCUUUGGGGUGACAGUACAACUAAGCUCGCAGAAAAGACGCUGGCCGAGACGGCUAAAGGACGAGGAUUCUCUCUGCCGUGGCAGGUCGCAGACGGCGAGUCACCUUUCGGCAUCACCUUCCACUACCCGCUUCGAGACGUGCUCAAGAAGGAGCUCGUCUCGUACGUGAAACUUGCAGAACCGUCACUCGCAUCGAUAGUGCACGCAUCAUCUGUCCCUACGCAAGCCUCCAUGAGCUCGAAGAACACGACCAUCGACGAUCUCAUGAAGCAGUACUUCGAAUCGGUAGAAGAGAACUUCCCAAGUAUCGUCUCUAAUGUCGUUCGGACGACGAGCAAGCUCGAGGCGGCAUCUGUAUCCGCUUCCGAUCCGUACUGCGACCUCUGCAACAUGCCAGUGCCAGCGGGUCGGUUUGGAAUACAUGGUUGGGGAGGCGACCAGAAAGAUGGCGUCGAUGGGUGCAACAAAGAGGGUCUCGACCUCUGCUAUGGAUGCACCCGGUCUAUUCCGCAGCUAGCUAUUGACACGAACGGAAACCCUUGAGGAAGCGCGGCACAAGCGAAUAGAAAUAUUUGUGGGACAGCGUAAGAUGCCGUUCCAAGCUCGCAGUCCACACCAAGCCUUCCCUCUCGCUCUCACGC